CCAACACUGCAAAUGAGAAAUAAGAUGCUUCUGAAACUGAACUCUUGCAGAAGUAACAUUUUGUUUUUGGAUGAAUAUUCUGAGUAACGGUUUUCAUGAAGCUUGUUUCCAUGGUGACGCAGUUACUCGGUUACAGCUGCAGUAUAGCAUUGCUGCUCGUGAUGUGUAGCUCGUGCACACUGGCCUUUAUAAUGUCCAGGACUCGUAUGUUUGCUCUAUAACCAGGUUAGUGACUAUAUGGCAGCUCCAACAUGACGACUCUGCAAGCUGAACGCAUCGCGACCCUCCGCUAAAGCCUCCAUGUCGGAGCGGGGCUCGGGUUGCAGCCCGCGCGGCCCUGAUGCUGCGACUCAUCCCGCAUACAGGAGCUUCGGGAUGGGAGCAGGUGGAGGACAAGCAGCUGUCAGACACAACAAUCACCUCAGGAGGAAACUGCCCCUGAUACAUCCCCUGAGCAGGUCCCGGGACUGGAACACGCUGCUCAGCGGCUUCAUAGUUGGAGGUGGAUGUGCCCCUUUUCAUAGUUAUUGUGAGUCUGCAGUGAUCCAUCCGUCAUCUAACUUAUCCAAAGAGGAAACGGAGAACAAUGACCCGGACAUCAGUGGGAGACGCUUUCUGUUUGAUAAACAAUAUGCGAGGUUAGAGAGGACCAGAAGUGUGAUUCCGCCGCUGCAGAGAGACUACCAUGUGCACAGACCUGGCAACCUGCAUCCCUUCAGCCUCUCCAAGGAGCUUUCCCACAGCCAGGCGGGCCGGCCUUUCACCCCGCGCUUCCCUGAAAGAUAUGAAGUGAACACAACUCCAGCCAUCCUCUUUCCUUCCCCUUUAAUCCUCAACGGCAGAAACACCUUCUCAGUUGACAACUGCAAGCUCAGCAGGCCCAAGGUGAAUUAUCCGACCUACAACCUGCUCAGUGCUAAAGACAAUCAGAAGAGCCAGUCCUACCCCGACCCGGUGGUCGGAGCCUCUCGCUCUUUCAUCCACAGGAUAUCGGAGCUGUCCUCCCUGGAGGGCGAGACGGUGAGGCAAGAAAAGCUCAAACAAAUGAGGAAACCGAAAAAACCUCCAUCCUGACAAUCACUCUCUUCCCAGUCACGCUGGUCGAGGAUCAAAACCUUCGAGUCUGUGCCAACGUUGUCUGAACAGAAUAAAACCUUACAGGCGCCAUGUUCCCGUCAGUGGCUCGUUGUGACGGCUUGUUUGUCCUCAGCGGUUUUAGUUUUCUGCUCAACUUGGCUGGUCUUCACAUUUUGGGAUUCCUGAGCUGAUCUCCUCUGUAGUGAUUACAUGUGGUGUUUUCUACAACAACAAACGCUAGAGAUGAAUAUUAAAUAUUUGUUAUUCUGCCUCACAGCUGUCACAAGUCUCCCUCCUAACACCUGCAUGAAAAGACAUUUUUCAUGGCUGUUAUGUAAUACUGCCAUAUUUCCUGCUGUAUCAUGAAUAUGUUGCAGAUGCUGUCUGUUGGAUCUCAUUACAAAAGUGUUUCAAACGUUACAGUUAAUCGAGUAAGUGGAAUAUUUAUGUACAACUUGAAUAGUUUAGCAAAACCAUUAUCGUGCCUUGUUAAACGUCUUCCUGAAAUUAAAAACAUUUAUUUUUGUUA